AUGGGGGCACCUUGUGGUAGUCCCGGGUCUGGGUACUACGGCCGCUCCCUGGCGAGUUUGGGCACCACACUCAUACACACCAAGGUCAGGGCACAUGAGCUGCGGCCCAAGAGCAAGGCCGAGCUGCUCGGCCAGCUCAAGGACCUCAAGCAGGAGCUCGCCGCUCUGCGCGUGGCCAAGGUCACCGGUGGCGCCCCCAACAAGCUGUCCAAGAUCAAGGUGGUCAGGAAGUCGGUGGCCCGCGUGCUGACUGUGAUCAACCAGAACCAGCGCAAUGCCCUGAAGGAGGCCUUUGCCAAGAAGAAGCACAUGCCCCUGGACCUGCGUGUCAGGAAGACCCGCGCCAUCCGCCGCCGCCUCACCAAGCACCAGGCUGCUGCCAAGACCGAGAAGCAAGCGAAGAAGGACCUUGCUUUCCCCCGGCGGAAGUACGCCGUCAAGGCCUGA